AUGGCGACUGCUUUAACAAAAUAUCCUAAUCUAGAAUGUUCCAUUUGUUUAGGAAGUUUCAAGACUCCAAAAAUCGUUCCUUGUGGACAUUCGUUUUGUCUCGAGUGUUUGGUAAGAUAUACUGAUUGCAGAGAGGAGACAUUUCCAUGUCCAUAUUGUAAACAGGUUGUUGAAAUUCCACGAGGUGGC